GCAGCUUCCCCUUUUCGGCCCUGCUCUGGGCGCUGCGCUCUCCCCGUCAGUGCCUAGGAGCAGGGGACGGCGGCACCAUGUCCCCACGCACCGCUGCUGUCCGCCAGACCUGCUGCUGCUUCAACGUCCGCAUCGCCACCACCGCCCUGGCCAUCUACCAUGUGAUCAUGAGUGUAUUGCUGUUCAUCGAGCACGCGGUAGAGGUGGUCCAUGGCAAGGCGUCCUGUAAGGUGUGGCAGACGGGCUACCUUAGGCUCGCCAACCUGGUCUCCAGCUUCCUGCUCAUCGCCAUGCUUUUUGUCAUCAGCUUGAGCCUGCUGAUUGGAGUGGUCAAGAACCGGGAGAAGUACCUGCUUCCCUUCUUGUCCCUACAAAUCAUGGACUUCCUGCUGUGUCUGCUCACGCUGCUGGGCUCCUACAUCGAGCUGCCCGCCUACCUCAAGUUCGCGUCCCGGAGCAGCCGGGUUGGUCCCUCCAAGGUCCCGCUGAUGACCCUGCAGCUGCUGGACUUCUGCUUGAGCGUCCUGACCCUCUGCAGCUCCUACAUGGAAGUGCCUACCUAUCUCAACUUCAAGGCCAUGAACCACAUGAAUUACCUCCCCAGCCAGGAGGGCGUGGCUCACAGCCAGUUCAUCAAGAUGAUGGUCAUCUUCUCCAUCGCCUUCGUCACUGUCCUCAUCCUGAAGGUCUACAUGUUCAAGUGCGUGUGGAGAUGCUACGAAUUCAUGAAGUACGUGAACUUAGCCGAGGAGAGGAACAGCUCCCAGAUGCCGCAGAAGGUGGUCCUGCCGUCCUACGAGGAAGCCCUGUCUCUGCCAUACAAGACUCCGGAGGGGGACCCAGCACCACCCCCCUACUCAGAGGUGUGACGCCCGCCAAGCCCCAGCCCCAGCGCUGGGAGGGGCGGAGCUGUCUCGCAAUCCGCUUCUCUGCUUUGGUGGCCCUUGCGGCCCCAGGUGAACCACCCGGCUGACUUCAGGACAACCCGCUUGUGUCCCCCUCGCUGGCCUGCUUUUCCCAUGGGGCCUGGGAGAUGCUCACAACUGGGUCCACUUCAGGCUGAAAGACUCCCUGAGGCUCUCGGAAAUUUGGUCUAACAACUCUCGGCUUAUUGGGAUCGGCCCCAACAUUUGUUUAAACCAUCCGUCAUUCCCAAUUCAGUGGGUUUGGUUAAACAACUUGCAACUUGACCCGUGUAACCACGUGGCUGACAAAUGAAAAGCACGCUCCUCGGUGCAGGAAACUGGUUCGGUCAGACCGCCAUUGUCCCUUGCCCUGGUUUUGGACAGCUGUCCGCUCACGGGGCAAUGCAGCCAAGUCACCAUCCCUGGGUCCUCCCCACCAAACACAACUGUCCGAUUCCUGCACAUUGCUGGUUUCAACAAUUAUGGACAGCCAACCACCAGUCGAUUCAAACCAGGGAUAAAAUUCAAUAAGAACAAUAAAAAUCAAAUUAGCCCCAAACCAUUCCCUUCAAGCGAAUCCAAUAACUGGCUGCCCCCUCCGGUCAAUUUGGUACUUCCGAGAGGCUGAGUAAUUUUAAGUGCAAAUGAAAAUUGAGCAGUUGCCCGACAUCAUCCGGCAGCUACUUCCAGGAAAUAGCAGGUGUUCCCAUCACCGAACGGUCCCGACAAACACACAAUUGUUUUGCUGAAGACAGAUGAUCAGCAGCAGCUGUCAGCCAUACACAGUCAGUGUCCUCGCGCAGUGUGGGGUCCGCGACGAGGGCGGCCUCAGGCACGGUCGUCUCCAGCAGCGAGCUGCCGCCAUCCCACAGCGGUGGCCCAUCUGUCACCAACUUGGGCAGCAGUGCCUCCGUCCCGCCAAAUGCUCGUGCUUAAGCAGUGACUGAGCCCCGGCAUCGGGCGGGUCCGUGGGCUGUGGUCUGUGGACCAAAUCCACGUGUGUGUUUGGUCAAAGCAGGCCGACUCUUCGUGGGCACGCGUGGCGGUGGUGGCCGAAGGGAAGGUUUGGGUCCCCACACCCCCCCUUUCGCCUGUUUCCCUGGGGGCUGGGCUUCCUGAGGGAGCUGAUCUCGAGGCGGAGAUGAGACGGCUAUGGAGGCAGGUUCUCUGGGGCCUGAGAGGGGGGUUCAGAGGGAGAGGGCCGUGGAAGAGGCUCCCCGCCGGCUCCCCCUUGUUUAAUUGCUUUGUGUGUGCUGGGGAAGAAGUUUCAAUAAAGCAGCACCACGCUUCA